CUACCUGUGGGCGGAAGCGCCAGGCCGGAAGUUGCGUGUGGCGGACGCCUGUACGGUUUGUCUUCCAAGUGCAGUGCCGACAUCGAAAGUAUUAAUGGCUUCCAGCGGCGUUACGGUGAGCGCUGCCGGGUCGGCAAAUGAAGCCCCUGAAAUUCCGGACAACGUAGGAGACUGGCUUCGGGGAGUCUACCGCUUUGCCACCGAUAGGAAUGAUUUCCGGAGGAACUUGAUCCUGAACUUGGGACUCUUUGCUGCGGGAGUUUGGCUGGCCAGGAACUUGAGUGACAUUGACCUAAUGGCACCUCAGCCAGGGGUUUAGCCAAGUAGAUAAAUGGAAUUCCUGUGCUGCACCCAAACCUUCCAAAAACAGCGUACAAUCUGUGACUGGUACAAGUUUGCCCUGAUGGUAGUUGAAGUUGGAUUCAGAGGGCACCUUCACCUUCCUCUUGCCUCGGUGAAUUCCACUCUAUGGUCAACAUUCAGCCUCUGCCAAAGUGUUGCCUCUGUUCUGUAAAAUUCUGUACAUAGUUCCUAAGUUUCUGCAGGGGGUGAUCUUUGCUCUUGUUGCAAGGAAUAAUGAUGGUGUUAUAACAAAUAUUUGAAAUAAAGAUCACACACAAAGAUA